ACAAGUUUCUUUUUUUUUCAUUUCGUCCAAAUUCUGGAAAUAUAACCAUUCUCUGAAUUUUCACUUUAAAAGCGAAGAGAUUCCAUUCUUAGUUCUUCCUGAUCGUUUAGGAUUGAAGGUUCGUUGGAGGGAGUGCACCAUGCCGAGGGUUUCAUCCUACAGGAAUCAAAGAUCCAAAGGGUUGAAGGUAAAGCAUGCUCUCCAAAUAUGUGUUCUGGCUGCUAUAUGCAUUUGGCUGCUUUACCAAGUUAUGCACAAUAGUGAGAAGAAAGCCGAGUACGAGAAAUCCAACAAGGAAGUCUUAAAGUUGGGGAGAAAGGACCUUCCUCGAGCAGAGGAAACAGUUAUUAAGGAUGUGCGGGUCAAGGAUGAAGACGAGGAAGCAAGGAAGAUUGGAGAAGAAGAUAACAAGCUCGAGGAAACCGAAAGUGUAGCAAGAGGGAAUGGAGAGGAUGAUGUGAUGGGCGAGCACGAUAAUGUUAAGGCAGAAGAGGAAGCCGAUCACAGAGAAGAUUCUAUAGAUGGAGAGAAGGAAAAUGAAGAACGUCGGAACACUAAGAUUGGAGAGAAGGAAAGCGUAGACCUGGAGAGUGAAGAGACUAAAGAGAAUGUUAGCGAUGAUAAAGGGUUAGAAGAGAGUAAAGAGGACAGUAAAAACAAAGAGAGUGAAGUUAACACAGAGGAAGGGGAAAAUAAGGCACUUGAGGGGAAAGAAAACACCAAAGAGAGUCUAGAGAAGGAAAAUAACCAUAUUGGGGAAGAGAGUAAUGCUGCUGAAAGCGGCAAGAAAGAGACCGAGAAGAGUGGAGGUGAGAUUGAAAAUUUAUCAGAUGAUCAUGUCCGUGAUGGAACUGAAAUGAACAAUGGAGAAGCAAGAGAAGAACACUUAAAGGGGGGUGAUGCUUCAAGCGAAGUAAUUCAUGAUACUCAACAUGUAUCAGUUGAGAAUGAGACAGGUGGUUCAGAAAAUUCCAACCAGUCUGAGCAAUUGGAAAACAGAGGUAAAAAUGAAUUUGACCAGGAGAAAGGAUCAAGUAACAGUGAAGCAACAAAUGUUUAUCUUAAUGAGUCAAACGUGCAGGAAAAUGAAGCAACUGAAAACAAUCAAGAGAGUGGUAAUGAGAGCACGGAGGCUUCAGUGACAGAUACAAACUCAAAUGAACACCAGAAUGGUAGAGAGGCAACAUCCAAUUCAACUCAUAAUGAAAAUGAUCAACAAUUGGAGAAAUCCAAAUCAGGUGGUGAUGGUGGACAGUUAGAUUUAAAUGCAAUUGCUGCUUUGACUGAGCACAUGAAUGGAGCUAACAGUGGUUCUGCAAGCUCUACCAGUAACUCUGAGUCUGUUGAAUCAAAGGGGCAGAUUGAGAACUCUGAUGCACGGAGAGGAUCGGACAAAGAUUCUUCAUCUUCAGUUACAAGCCAAAAUGACGGAGUUCAGAUUGAUGAAUCCAACACUAACUCUGGAGUGGAGGGUACACGAGAAAAACUUAUUUCGUUGAACAAAAUCGGGAAUUCAAAUACUGGUCAGAGUGAAGAAGUUCAUUCUUCUGAUUCUUCAAUUGCCAAAGGGAGGACAGCAUCCUUGAACACUAAUUAUAAUGCCGGUUCUGGUCAGAAUGAGAGUGGAGACGAUACCAACAAUGACGCAAAUGUAAAUGGGAGAGACAAUCAGAGCAACACUAAUGAUAAUGCAAAUGCAAAUGAAGAUGUUGCUGAAAAGGAUAAUAACAAUUCAAGUUUAAAUGAAAAUGCUGCUCAGAACAACAGCAGCAAUGAGAAUGCAAGUCAGAAUGAGAAUAAUGCUUUCCAGAGCAACGACGAGAAAGCAAGUCAGAAUGAGAACAAUGAUACUGUUCUGAGCAACAACAAGAAUGAGAAUGCUGGUCAAAACGAGAAAAAUGCUGCUCACAGUGUUACCAACAACCAGAAUGCUGGUCAGAAUGAGAAUUAUACUUCCCAGAGCAACAACAACAAUGAUAAUGCAAGUCAGAAUGAGAACAAUGAUGCCGUUCAGAUCAAUACCAGCAACAGUGAUAAUGCAAGUCAGAAUGAGAUCAGUGAUGCCAUUCAGAUCAAUACCAGCAACAAUGAGAAUGCAAGUCAGAAUGAGGUUAAAGAUUCUGUUCAGAUUAACACCAACAACCAUGAGAAUGCGAGUGAGAAUGAGAACAAUGCUGCUCAGAGCAUUACCAACAACAAAAAUGCCGGUCAGAAUGAGAAUAAUGCUUUCCAGAACUAUGACAACAAUAACAGCGAGAAUGCAAGUCAGAAUGAGAAUAACAUUGCUGUUCAAAUCGACACCAACAAUGAGAAAGCAGGUAUGAAUGAGAACAAGGCCUUCCAGAAUUACAACAAUAACAGUGAGAAUGCAACUCAGAAUGAGAACAAUAAUGCUGUUCAGAUUGACAUCAACAGCGAGAAUGAAAGUCAGAAUGAGAACAAUAAUGCUGUUCAAAUUGACACCAACGGUGAGAAUGUAAGUCAGAAUGAGAAUGACAAAGCUUCUCGAAUCAACACCAACAAUGAGAAUGCAGUUAAGAAUGAGAACAAUGCUGCUCAGAGCAUUGUUGACAAAGAAAUUGCAGGUCAGAACGAGAAUAAUGCUUCCCAGAAUUUAAACAAUGACAACAAAAGCACCAAUGACAAUUCUAGCCAGAAUGAUAACAAUGACGGUGUUCAGGGAAACACAAACAACCGGGAAACCACAAAUCAGGAUGAAACUAAUAUGGCUCAUACCUACAAUAAUGAAAAUGCAGGUCAGAAUGAAAACAACAAUGCUGCUCAAAGUAACACUCACAAUAAUGGGAAUUCGGCUGAGAAUGACAACAAUAAUGCUUCAAAGACCUACAAGGACAACAAUGCAAGUGACGAUAUUAGGACUUUGGCAGAUACCAAGACUGGGGGAAAUGAUGGUGAGCAUGUAGCUGCAGAAUGAAAAUGAUGUUCUGUUGUUCACUAUAUGACUAUUAUUGCCAUCAAAGUUUUGUUUUGUACUUGCAUUGAUAAUAUAACUGGAAUUGUUUGUUUUGUACUUACAGUUCUACUUUUAAUUAUUAACACUCCAAGUUCCAUAAGCCACAUAUGUAUAUGUUUAAACUGUGUUCUCCAUCUAGCAAAAAUGAAAAUCAUAGGCUUUGAUUCAACAGAAUAUAUUUCUGAAAGUCUUUUGUUUAAGAAGGAAAGUUUCUUUUCCUGCAAAUGU